CUCACGGACCCUCUUCCCACGAAUCACUUUCCCCACGAGCCUCAACAUGGCGCGACUGUUGUCACUUCUGCGCAUGUCCCCUUCGUCGCCGCCCUCCGCACCGCCCCCAGCGAAGCGCCUCCGUAUGUCAGCGCUCGGCGAAUCCGCCGUCGAAUCCACUGUCAAAUGGCCAGCCAUCUCGGGACCUCUUGUUGUCAUCCAAGUUGGCGGACUGCUGCGCCAGGUCAACGACGACGGAAAUGUGACCUUCAUUGCGGCUCCUAACGAGACGUUUCACGUCCAUAGCAGCCUUCUCCGCGCCCACUCCAAGUACUUCCGCGCUCUUCUCCAGGAUGACCCUGCCACAGCGGAAUACGGACACGCGCCAACCAUCUAUCUGCCCGAUCAAGACCCGGCGGCGUUCAAGACGUAUGUACAGUAUCUGUACUACAAUGAGCUGAACCCGACUUUCGGCAAGUACGGAAAGGGCCGUCGCCUGAUGCAGGCAUACGUGCUUGGUGAGUGUGUCGGAGAUUCCGUGUUCCAGGACAGAAUCAUCGACGCCAUGAUCGCAUACUGCAUCGAGCAGAAAGUGGUUCCGAAUUAUCCGAUUAUCAACGUCGUCUACAACGGGACGGCGGAGGAUUCCCCAGCGCGGCGCCUUAUGGUGGAUCUCAUGGUUUGGGCAGGUUCUGGAACGAAGGCGGAGGUCCACAAGACGACUAGCAAAGCGCAUAAGGACUUCAUCGAUGACCUGUUGGAAGCAUUGUUGACUGCACGACCGAGGCCGGCGGGUGUACGACCAUGGGUUGAGAGACCUGAGUCUUAUCAUGUUGGCUAUUAUGGUAUCAAGGGUGAGGUCAAGAAGCAGGAUGCGGUCAUGUACGUGGCUGGGACUCGGAAGCAGGGUUGAGGUUAGGGCUGUCUCACGAGGUAAGAGGAAACUGUAGCAUGGAAAGAGGUUCGGAGGCGUUAUUCGUCCGAUGGGGAAACCGUCUCUCAGGCGGUUGUCGGGUGUGAUAAAGCAGGCGAGGGUGAAGCAUCAAUUCACAGUCCAUCGGAAAUUCUCA